GGACACCCCGUGUCCCUGGUGUCCCCAUGCCUGCUGACCGCGGCCUUGCAGACUGCAGCGGGCAGGAUGAGCAGUUCUCCCUCGUCUUCACCAUCGCCUCCUUCAUGAACAACUUUGUGACCUUCCCCAUGGGCUACAUCUUCGACCGCUUCGGCACCGCCGUGUCCCCGGGCCCGGCCGUGCUUCUCUUCCCGGCCAGGUCGCUGCUGUCGGUGGGCGGCAUCCUCCUCAUCCUCACCAACAUGCAGGUGGGCAACCUCUUCGGGAAGUACCGCUCCAUCAUCAUCACGCUCUACAACGGCGCCUUCGACUCCUCCUCGGCCAUCUUCCUCAUCAUCAAGCCCCGAGGACGCCCCUCUAGAGCCCGGAGCGCCCAAGGGUGA